AUGCCGGUGACUCUCCAAGUCGCCAAACACGAUUCAAAUCCCGUCGGUCAGAAUGUGAAUACAGACCACGGGGGCUCGCAAGAUGUGCUAAAUAAGCUCAUCCACUCACCCGUCGUCCUGGAACAGGCAGACGGCGAGGCUGGCCCGAUUCUUGUCACCGGUUUGGGCCAGCAGACAUCCUUUACCGAUGCUAAAUUAAAGGAGAUGAGUUUCAGCGUCCAGGACCACGGCCUGAUUCGUGCCGCCUACUACGCAUAUUCCAAUCAUCACAAUCUGGUCCUCCGGCCAGAGGAUAUCUGGUUUGCCAUCUUAACCCAGUUCAGCUUCUACGUCAAUGCAAACUCGGAAAAGCUUCGCUCGUCCUUUGUUGCGCAUGAAGGCAAGAAGGGCCUGGUCCUCCGUGACUCGGGCCAAGCUGACAUGGGCCUCAUGUGUCGCAACAUGACCAAGCUCAUCGAUGAGAACAUUGUUGACGAGAAGCUGCGUGAAUGGAUCCUGCCAUCCUUCACAACCACGACCGUUGAUGACGAGGUGGUCGCUGCCGUCAUCAUGAUGGGCACCCUCCAGAGGUACUUUGAAUACCUGUUUGAUGCCUUUUGCUGCGGCAUCCCGCGUGUCACCUUGCUGGGCGAGCUGAGCGACUGGGAGGAUAUCCAGCGACGCAUCGAGAAGCUGACCGAAUAUGGCGAGGAGCCGAGCCGGUUUUGCGAACUGCUCCGGCCGAUCCUGCAGUACAUGAUUCUCUCCUUCAAGACACCAGAAGACCUUGAGGUCGUGGACUUUUGGAGCAAGAUCAUCAGCCAUACUGCGGGCAGCGGGGUGAACUAUCUGGACGGGUGGUUGGUCGCAUUUUGCUUCUGGGAUGAGAAGGGCAAGUGUCGCGUCAAAGAACCCGAGUAUUUUAGUUACUCGUCCCAGAGAACACCCUCGAUCAAGGCUCCUUAUCACUGGGUGGAUUUCCAUGAUGUACCUUGCGGAUUUGUUUCGUGCCCUUUGACGUAUAUAUCUCCGGACAAGGAGGUCAUAAGCGCCAGGUUACUGGCUGGGCUGGCUGGAUUCGAGUUGAGCAAGUCCAUCUACGAAAGCCUCCCUAUCGCCGAGGUUGAAAGCAAUACUGCGGCGAGUGAAGAGGAGAAUAAAAACCAAAGCGGCCUCUUUCGUCUAUUUUCCAAGCUAAUGGCCACAGACACGCCAGGAGAGCAGCUUCAUCCAAGUACACCAGGCAAACCGCGGCUUUCGCUGCUCCACAGCGAGAAGGCAUCGCACGAGUCAGACACUAUCCAGCCUGUCUCUGGGUGGUGGAUGUACAAGGACGAGGCUGGAGAAGAUGAUGGCAAGUCGCGCUCCCAGCUUUAUCAAGACAAGAUGGCGAAUGAGUGGAAUGGUCAGGUGAGCACAGGUUAUAUCCAGAAGGACGGUAAGAUGGUAGUCAAGGACGAACUACCACGCGACCACUUUAUGUAG